AACUGUAAAAAAGCGCACAUCCUCCCGGCGACUGGUGCAGGCAUUUCCGUUAUUACUCGAGCAUUGGGAAAUCAAUGGCGGAGACAGCAUCUCAACCUUUCCUUCAAUUCCACGAUAUUCUGCAAUUAAAUUCCCCAAACGAAGAACAAGAUUGCGAAACCAAUUGAUUCAACCCCCAAGAUAACCCAAUUCCCAAUCUACCGUCGCACUGAUUUCGAGCGUUCAGAUCACCGCCCAAAUGGCCACUUAUUUCAGCCCAGCCGCGUGCUCACGCGCCGCCGUCGCCGCCCCGCCCCACCGCCGGCAAUUCGGGAGCCUGUUUUCCCUUUUCAGUAAGGGAAGUCUCUGCCGCUCUAUAGAGCUUCUCCGGAAGCACAACGCUGCGGUAAGGUUUUCAACUAUCAAGGCCGCCGGCAAUGGGGGCGACUCCUACUUGGACAUGUGGCAGAAGUCGGUCGACCGUCAGAGGAAGAGUGUGGAGUUCGAAAGAAUGGCGGAGAACUCUACCGAAGGAAUGGAAGAGAGAGGAAAAGCAGAGAGCGAAGAUGAUUUGGAGAGGAAGAGCAGCGAAUUCCAGAAGCUUCUAGAAGUUCCGGUGGAGGAAAGAGAUAGGGUCCAGCGAAUGCAGGUGAUUGAUCGUGCCGCCGCCGCGAUUGCCGCAGCGAAAGCCUUGGUGAAGGACAAACCGCCGGAGGUUCAAUUUUCCGGCCAAUCAACGAUCGAGGAUCAACAGGAAGGGAGGCGGGGUGUUGAAUCGGAGGUGGUGCAGUCAGGAAGCGUGAAUGUUGGGACACCUGGUCCAAGUUUCUGGGAGUGGGCGCCGCCGCCGGAAAAUGAUGACAAGAGUGGUCUGAAACCUGUUGUUCAAGCUUCCCCGUCUUCCGGACAAACCAGCAAACCGGUUAUGGAGCGUGACCGUGGUCCGAAAUUCUUGUCGCUCCCAUUCGAGGCGAAAAUGCUCAAAAACCGCGCGAAUCCUCCCCUUCCACCUCUGCAAUCGCUUGUCGAGGUUCAACAUGACGGAGUCUCCGGCGCGACUCCGGAAAGAGAACAAGAAGUUGGCGUCGAGUUCUUGACAAAUGCAGCUGAAGCCGUCGACGCGUUGAGUAACCUGGAAGAAACCUCCCAACAAGGGGUGAGUCCCGACGGGUCGAGAUGGUGGACGGAGACGGGAACGGAGCGACGCCCCGACGGGGUUAUCUGUAAGUGGACGCUGACCCGAGGGGUCAGCCACGACAAAGUGACGGAGUGGGAAACCAAAUAUUGGGAAGCUUCGGAUGCUUUUGGAUAUAAGGAACUUGGCUCCGAGAAGUCGGGGCGCGACGCCAUGGGAAAUGUUUGGCGCGAAUAUUGGCGGGAAUCAAUGAUGCAGGAAGAAGGGAUAAUUCAUCUCGAGAAAAUGGCGGAUAAGUGGGGGAAGAACGCGCGGGGCGACGAAUGGCAAGAGCAAUGGUGGGAGCAUUACGAUCACUCGGGGCGAGCCGAGAAGUGGGCCCACAAGUGGUGCAGCAUCGAUCCGCAAACUCCCGUCGACGUAGGCCACGCCCACGUCUGGCACGAGAGGUGGGGCGAAAAAUACGAUGGGAAAGGGGGGAGCUCGAAGUACACGGACAAAUGGGCCGAGCGAUUCGAGGGCGACGGGUGGGCGAAAUGGGGCGACAAAUGGGACGAGCAUUUCGAUCCCGACGCGCGCGGCGUGAAGCAAGGGGAGACGUGGUGGGAGGGCAAGUAUGGGGAGCGGUGGAACCGGACGUGGGGCGAGGGCCACAACGGGUCCGGUUGGGUUCAUAAGUACGGCAAGAGUAGCAGCGGCGAGCAUUGGGACACGCACGUUCCGCAAGAUACGUGGUACGAAAAAUUCCCGCAUUAUGACUUUUAUCAUUGCCUCGAUAACUCGGUUCAGCUGCGCGACGUUCGUAAACCGUCGGAAUAGUCGGGAGUAGAGAGAUCUGCUCGAAAUUCCGACGGUGUUUGUGCUAGUUGAAAUGAGUCGAACCGAGCUAAACUCGGAAUAUAUGUUUUUAAAAUAUUAGGAUUAGAUGGUAUUGAGAACUUUGGAAUAAAGGAUGUGGAAUAGCUUCUACGUCUGUGGAAAUCUAUUUCCUGUUAAAAGUUUGGUUUUUAUUUUUA